UUAAGAGAAGCAUGGGGAGUUGCUAGAGGGAAAAUGGAUUCUUUAUUUCACGUCCUGGUUUCUACCUGCCUUGCCUUGACGUUCUCAGAAGGGUUUCUGAUUAUCCACGUCCAUAAACAGCAGUGUCUUUCUGAAAAGAAAGGAGUCAUUAUGGAAAAGUGCAAUAUGACCAACCUGAACCAGCAGUGGCAGUGGAUGGCAGAUGACAGGCUCCUCCACGUGAAAUCUGCCCAGUGCCUGAGCAUCUCUACGCGCUCUGCCCUGUCAUCCCGCAGCAUCGUUGUUGAUUGUCCACAGGCAGUCAAGUGGACUUGCCAUGAGGAAGGGCUCCUGAAGGUGUCCAACAGCUCUCUCUUUCUCACAAAGCAAGGUCAGAAGGUAAUGGCCAAGCAGAGUAAGAAAUACCUUCAUACCUGGAUGCAGCUAGAAGCCAGCGAGACAGGAAAACCUGUUUAUGUAAAUCUAUGUGCAAAACAAGAUCUUCAAGACGCAGAUACUUCUGUAUGGAGCACUAGAACUACAUCAUCCCCUUUAAACACUGUUACCUCUGGGCCUGAAAAUCUGCUGAAGAGUAGCACAGAGGUGUUCAUCAGAAAUGUGACUGAACACUUCAGUAAAAAUGCCAUUGAAAACCUCUACUUUGACUUGAAAUCUGCGGUAACGGAGAAAGCCUGGAUUUCAACAACUACUCUUCAAUACCCUAGCACUACAGAAGAGGCCGCGCCGGGGCAGGCGGCGGGAUGCAGCGCCAACCUGACGGAGUGGAGCGUCGCCGCGCAGAGCGUCCGGCUGCGGUGGGGCGCCGCGGACCGCGCCUGCAACUUCAGCGUGAGCGGGCGCUCGGAGGACGGGGAGGCGGCCGCCUGCCAUCCCGCCCCCGCCGGCCCCGGCGCCUACGGCUGCUCCCUGCGGGGCCUGCAGGCCGGCACCUGGUACCACCUCCGCAUCGAGCCGCUCGCCGACGGGGAACCUGUCAACGUCUCCGUGCAGACAGAUCCCUUACCACCUCCUCGUUUUGAAAUUAAUAAGGGAAAAACCACCCUCACAAACUUGCAGGUUCAGUGGGAUCCUUCCUCAGGAAAGGUGGACUUGUAUAACCUAGUAUUAUUUGAUCACAGUAAUAAAAAGCUACAAGAAGUCUCCAUACCAGGAAGAAUUUCGAAAACAGAAAAUACUUUUUCUGGUCUCAUCCCUGGGAAUAAAUACAACAUCAUCCUCAGUGCAGUUGCUGGAAAUAAGACUACUCCAGAACUUCACUUAAGUGGAUCUACUGUGCCAUCCCCUGUGAAAAAUAUUCAGAUCAGUGUCAAGACAGACACUAUCCAUGCUUCAUGGUCUCCUGGCUCCGGGCAUGUGGAUCGUUACAAGCUGGUGUUACUGGAUAAUCAUAUCCCAGUUCAGGAGAUUCACCAAGAAAGUCCUCUGACCUCCUACACCUUUUCAGGACUUACAGCAGGCCACGUGUAUAACCUCUCUAUCAUAACCCAGGCUGCAGGAUUGGAGAGCAGCAGUUUUCAAACAGUCAGGACAGCCCCAGCUGAAGUCUUAGAUUUGACAGUGACUAAUGAUGGCAGCUUAGAUUCUUUAAAAGUUAAGUGGAGAAGACCUUCAGGAAACCUCAAUUUCUAUAAUAUCACUCUGUCUCAUCUUGGAUUGGUUAAAGAAGUCAAAACUCUACAGCCACCAGUCACAGAGACUCACUUUGACAAGUUGACUCCGGGACGUCUCUAUCAGGUUACUGCCCGCACCGUCAGUGGUGAGCUGUUUACUGAUCGGAUGGCAACCGGCAGGACAUUUCCCCAGCAAGUUUCCGAGCUGGAGGCAGGUGGCGGUGGCUGGCUGCGGUCUCUGCGAGUGGCCUGGCUGCCCCCGGCCGGGGACUGGGAGAGGUACCACCUGCUCCUCUGGGACCGCGCGACCCUGCUGCUAAACGUCACCCUCGCCCGGGAUGCCACGCAGUACCUCAUCCAUGGCCUGGAUCUCAUCCCAGGGAGGCAGUAUGGCGUCGACCUCCUAGUGGAGAGCGGCCAUCUGCAGAGCAAGGCGAGCUGCAUCGGGAGGACAGCUCCAGAGCCUGUUCUCCAGCUCCGUGUGAAGCACGCUAAUGAAUCUUCACUCAGUGUCAUGUGGAUGACCCCUGAUGCAGAAUGGGACAGCUAUGUGGUUUCACUGGGAGACAGGGAUCUUACUGUCAUUAAAAAAGGGCUUGCAAAAGAAGCUAAGGAAUUCACCUUCACUGACUUGGUACCUGGAAGAAAAUAUAUUGCUACCAUCACUACCAUCAGUGGGAUUUUAAGCAACUGGACUUCAGUGGAAGGAAGAACAGUGCCAGCCCAAGUAUCUGAUCUGACCGUGGCAAGUCAGGGAUCUACCAAUAGCUUGUUCACCAACUGGACGAGAGCACAGGGAGAUGUAGACUCAUACCAAGUGCUACUGAUCCACGAGAAUGUUGUCAUUAAAAAUGAGACUGUUCCCAGCGAAACCAACAGAUACCACUUCUAUGCCCUGAAACCUGGAGGACUCUAUUCAGUUGUUGUCACCACUGUCAGUGGAGGGAUAUCUUCAAGGCAAAUGAUCGCAGAGGAGAGGACAGUUCCUUCCAGCGUGACUGGAGUAACAGUAAAUAACUCAGGUCGAAGUGACUACCUCAGUGUUUCUUGGCUGCCAGCUUCUGGAGAUGUAGACAGUUAUUUGGUAACCCUCUCUCACGAUGAGCAGAUUGUUCAGACUCUCACCAUUUCCAAAUCCUUCAGUGAAUGUUCCUUCAGCAGCCUUACUCCUGGGACACUGUACAAUGUGAUGAUAACCACAAAGAGUGGGAAGUACGAAAAUUAUUCCUUCAGCCAGGAGCGAACAGUUCCUUCAAGUGUUCAAGGACUUACUGUCAGCAAUUCAGCCAGAAGUGACUACUUGAAGGUGUCUUGGUUACAUGCCUCUGGAUAUUUUGAUAAUUAUGAAGUGAUCAUCAAGAACAACAAUGAUUUCAUCCAAACAAAAAGUAUCCCAAAGGAUGAAAAUGAGUGUGUGUUCACUAAUUUGGUCCCAGGGAGGCAGUACAGUGUCACGGUCAGCACAAGAAGUGGGAAAUAUGAAACUAGUGAAAGGGUCUAUGGCAGGACAAUGCCAGAGUCAGUGAAGGAAUUGACCCUUAGUAACAGGAGCACAGAAGAUCUGCAGGUAACUUGGUCAAAGGCUGAGGGGGAUGUUGAUAAAUACGAGAUUCAGCUCCUCUUCAAUGAUAUGAAGAUAUUCCCACCCAUUUUCCUUGGGAACACCAUUGAGGAGUAUUGGUUCACUGCGCUGACUCCAGGGCGUCUAUAUAAAAUCCUUGUCUUGACCAUCAGCGGAGAUGCACAACGUGCUACAUUCAUAGAAGGCCUGACAGUUCCAAGUGUGGUCAGGAACAUCCAUGUGUCAUCUAAUGGCAUGACAAACAGUCUGAAAGUGAGCUGGACUCCUGGAGGUGGAGAUGUUGAUUCCUACACAGUGACUAUAUUUCAGCAAAACCAUCAGCUUGAUUCCCAGAGUGUCUCCAAACACGUCUCUGAGCACACAUUUCACAAGUUGGAAUCUGGGGAGCAGUAUCGGGUGGUGGUGCAAUCGAACAGUGGCACCUUGCACAACAGCUUAGCAGCUUUUGGGAGAACAAUUCCAGCCUCUGUCCAGGAAUUACUAGCCCAUCAUGCUUAUAGCAGUCAUUCCUUGUUAGUAACCUGGCAGAAAGCUCCUGGUGUAGCUGAAAGAUACGACAUUCUGCUCUUGAACGAGCAAGGAGUCCUCCUGAGCAACAAAUCAGAGCCAGCUACUGCCAAACAGCACAAAUUUGAAGAUUUAUUAGCAGGCAAGAAGUAUAAAAUACAGGUUUUGACAGUCAGUGGCGGGCUCUUCAGUAAACGAGCAGAAACCGUUGGCCGAACAGUUCCAGCAGCUGUCACAAAUCUGAAGGUCACAGAGAACACCACUGACCGACUGUCUUUCAGCUGGACCACCUCGCAAGGGGAGCUUGAUUCAUAUGACAUCUUCCUGUACAACCCAGACAAGUCCCUUCAGGACAGGAUUUCAGGAGAGCAGCACCUCCAGCAGUGCUCGUUCCAGAACCUGCAGCAAGGCAGGAUGUAUCGAAUGGUGAUUGUUACCCACAGCGGAGACCUCACUAACGAGUCCUCUGUCUUUGGAAGAACAGUACCAGCCCCUGUUGUUGGUCUCAAGGCAUCUAACCGAAACAUGACAGACAGUCUGUGGUUCACCUGGGGUCCAGCAGCAGGAGAUGUUGACUUCUAUGAGCUGAAUCUUUACAACCCAAAUGGGACACAGAAAGAAACGUGGCACAGGAAAGACCUGAAAGAAUGGCAUUUCCAGGGUCUCGUUCCUGGCAGAAAGUACACUCUGGUUGUGGUGACUCACAGCGGUGACCUGACCAACACAGCGAACACUGAAGGAAGAACAGCUCCCAGCCCUCCUAACACUGUAUCAUUUACUGACGUUGCAAACACCUCUUUAUCAAUCACUUGGCUGGGUCCUCCAGACUGGACAGACUACGAUGAUUUUGAGUUGCAGUGGCUUCCAAAGGAUCCCCUCACAGUGUUCAAUCCCUACAGCAGCAGCAAAUCCAAAGUACGCAUCAUCUAUGGCCUGCGACCAGGAAGGCUCUACGAGUUCAGUGUGAGAACUGUCAGUGGUGACAACUGGAAGACAUACAGUCAGUCACAGUCUGCAAGUGUGAGAACAAAGCCAGACAAGAUACAAAGUCUUCAUUGUCGUCCCCAAACCUCUACUGCCAUUGCGUGUUCCUGGACUCCUCCUGAUUCCGACUUUGAUGGCUACAGCGUCGAGUGCAAAAAAAUGGACACUCAUGAAGUGGAAUUUUCUAAAAGGAUAGAAAAAGACAAAUCUUUGCUUAAUAUCAUGACCCUCGUUCCUCACAAGCGAUACCUGGUGUCCAUCAAGGUGCAUUCUGCAGACAUGACGAGUGAAGUGGUUGAAGACAGCACCAUCACAAUGAUCGACCGUCCCCCUCAGCCACCUCCAGACAUACGAGUGAACAAAAAAGAAGUGCUGAUUACCAAAUCCUCCAUCAACUUUACUUUUAACUGCAGCUGGUUUAGUGAUACUAAUGGAGCUGUGAAGUACUUUACUGUGGUUGUGAGAGAGGCAGAUGGUAGUGAAGGACCAAAGCCUGAUGAGCAGCACCCAUUACCUUCCUACCUGGAGUACAAACACAACAACUCUAUACGCAUCUACCAGACAAACUAUUUUGCCAGUAAAUGUGCUGAAAACCCUGACAGUGACUAUAAGAGCUUUGACAUUAAGCUUGGAGGAGAAAUGGAAAAUCUGGGAGGAAAGUGUGAUCCAGAUCAGCAAAAGUUCUGCGAUGGACCUCUAAAGCCUCGGACAGCUUAUAGGAUCAGCAUACGAGCUUUUACCCAGCUCUUCAGCGAAGACCCAAAGGAACUCCCUAAACCACUCUUUGCCGACACCUUCUUCUCUUUACCAAUCACUACAGAGGCAGAGCCUCUGUUUGGAGUCAUUGAAGGUGUGAGUGCUGGCUUGUUUCUCAUUGUGAUGUUAGUGGCUGUUACUGCUUUAUUUGUCUGCAGACAAAAAGUUGGCAGUGGCCACGAGAGACCUACAGCAAGGCUGAGCAUUCGCAGGGACAGGCCACUGUCAGUCCAUCUGAACUUGGGCCAAAAAGGGAACCGGAAAACUUCCAGUCCGAUCAAAGUCGGUCAUUUUGAAGCACACUUCACCAAACUUCAAGCAGACUCCAACUACCUCCUGUCCAAGGAGUAUGAGGACUUGAAAGAUGUGGGUCGAAAUCAGACAUGUGACAUAGCACUUCUGCCAGAGAACAGAGGGAAGAAUCGAUACAAUAAUAUAUUACCCUAUGAUACAUCAAGAGUGAAGCUUUCCAAUGUGGAUGAUGACCCUUGCUCAGACUACAUUAAUGCAAGCUACAUACCAGGCAAUAAUUUCCGCAGGGAAUACAUAGCAACUCAGGGCCCUUUGCCUGGCACCAAAGAUGAGUUCUGGAAGAUGGCAUGGGAGCAAAAUGUUCACAAUAUCGUCAUGGUAACCCAGUGUCUUGAGAAGGGCCGGGUGAAGUGUGAUCACUACUGGCCCCUUGACCAGGAUUCCUUGUACUAUGGAGACCUGAUUGUUGAGAUGCUGUCUGAAUCAGUGCUCCCAGAAUGGACAAUAAGAGAAUUUAAAAUCUGCAGUGAAGAGCAGCUUGACCCAGCGAGGCUCAUUCGUCACUUCCACUACACUGUCUGGCCAGACCAUGGUGUGCCAGAGACCACCCAGUCCCUGAUUCAGUUUGUCAGAACUGUAAGAGAUUAUAUCAACAGGACCCCAGAUACAGGACCAACUAUUGUGCACUGCAGUGCUGGUGUUGGCAGAACUGGCACAUUCAUUGCACUGGACCGAAUUCUGCAGCAGCUGGAUUCAAAGGACACUGUUGACAUUUUUGCAGCAGUACAUGAUCUAAGGCUUCACCGGGUUCACAUGGUUCAGACAGAGUGUCAAUAUGUGUAUCUACAUCAAUGUGUGAGAGACGUGUUGAGAGCCAGAAAACUUCGCAGUGAGCAAGAAAAUCCCUUGUUUCCAAUAUAUGAAAAUGUGAAUCCAGAGUAUCACAGAGAUGCUGUUUAUUCGAGGCACUAAGAAUGUUACAGACAUCUGCUUUUGUGACUACAUUUGUUAACUAGGGUUUUUGUUUGGGGUUUUUUAUGUAUGUAUUUCAUGCACUAGAAAGGUGCCAGACCUUUCUUUUGAGACUGUGUAUAAUUUAUUGGUCUGGUGAUUUUUUUUUUGAGGCUAUGUAAUUUAAGUGUAAUAGAUAUUAAUGUAUAUAAUUGUAUUUGGGUCUCAUGUAAAUAUGUAUUUUUUUCUAUAUUUUUAUAUUAAUAUUAAGUUUCAGAUAAUACUAUUUUUUUCUUAUCACAUUUUUUAUGAACUCUUCUACAUAAACUAUUUUAAAUUAUAUGGCUAACAGGACUGCUGUGUUUAGGGCAGUAUUGGCAUGUAACACACGGGAAAAAUCCUGUAAGGAGAACCUCAUUUUUUGUUUGUGAGAUGAAAUAAGCUACUAUUAAGCAAGGGAACAGUAGUCCUAUAUUGGAAUUACAGUGCUACUCUACACUUAACUGCUUUUGAUCUGACAAAAAUGGCUCUAACCUAUAACACAAUGGCAUACCUUUUACAGAACUCAUUAACAGCUGAGCACAACAGGGUCCACCUCACCAGAAGCAACUGUUUUAGUCUAAUGUGACAUAGUAGAAAAAUAUCAAACAACAUAUGCUGCAGUGAAGUCUAGCAGACCUUUCACCCCACGGGCUUUGAGGGGGAAUGAGUCACCUUCUGAUUUCUUUACGCUGGUUUAGGAGAGCAGAAGCAGACCACAGCCUGUGCCUGCUGUGGAUUUUCAUGUGUGUAUAAUCAUCAUAAGAAACGUGUCCAAGGAAACGCCUCAGACGUUCACAUUAAAAGACCUGCAAGGACGUGAGGUCUGGCGACUUCCUUAGUUCAUUAAAAACAAUACUGUACCACGGCAGCUAAAAGACAGAUUAUAAAUGUAGUGAGAUAAAGACAUAUACAGAUAUUUAUCCUACAGUUACAGAGCUGGCUGUGGCCUUAAGCUGCAUGCAGCACAUCAGCCUUGGCCCACAGCUUGGUCUCCUUCAUAGGCCCCGUGAGCCUCAGCAUGUCCACAUAGAAAGAGUCCUGCGCUUCCCUGUUGCCUGAUGUCACCAGCACAAGGGCAGCAGGAAGGAAAAAAGGCUCAUCAGUAACCCAGGGAAUGAGGCUGGCAGGGCUGUGCUGAGCAUCCCAUCACUUAAAGCAUUUAGUGAUGAGCAACAAGUGCAGUCACAAAGCACCUACCAGGUAUCCUGGCCAGUGAAGCUGAUUAGAAGAGGCUUCUCAUUCCAGGGACUGAACGCUCCGUUCAGCUAUUCUUUUUUUUUUUAUAAAACACUCUUCAAAAAACAGAGAGGGGGCAGUACAGAGUUCUUCUCCAUCUCAAAAAGAAGGAAAGGCUUGAUAGUUCUCCUGUCUUCUAUUCGUAUCUUACCUGAUUAGCCUGCUGCUGAAGACAAGUGCCUGAGUUUCCUUUUUAUUUUGGAGAGAAACAAAUCUUUCUGAAGGUUUCCUGACAACCAGCCAACACACCUAAGUGCCUAAGAGAGGAACUGCUGCAUCCCUGGGCCCAGACUACUGUGAUUUCACCAUUACUUGUUGGAGCCACGCUCUCCUUGGCAGUGGGAAUAUCUGCCUGACAAUGGCUGAAGAAAUCUGCUGAACAGCUCUGACAUAGCUUUCUUAAAUGCUUCCAAAGCAGGACUAGGCACAUCUAUGUCACUCUGGUUUUACUAGAGAGAAGGAAACAGCCCGAGAGUCGCUCUCCCUUCCUAUUCUUAUCUGAAGUCUCAUCAUUUCUUGACCAGAUAUCCUUGCAUGCCUCAGAAGCUAGCUUUCACAUCCAUUUUCACAGCUGCUCAGAACAUGUAAGCUCGGUUAGUCUUAUAGGGGUCUGUGUAUGGAAAUACUGCUCGUUUGUUUUGUACAUCCUCUUUGGCCCCACACAGACCUCAAGAUCUAUCACCCUUAGGUGGGAUCUGAUGAAGAAGGGAACUUGCAUUAUAGUGGUGCCAUUUUUACAGAGGGAAAUCUAAGCAAAACCACAAAUAAAUGUGCACAUUUUUCUGCAGGCUCUUCUCUUUCCUUUGCUAGAUAGACUCUCAUUUAGCAAGCAAGGACAAACAAACACGGCAGCUUUAGAUGGAUCAUUGACCCUGCUAAUAACAGCUGAACUUAGGGCAUCAUGCAAAUCGUUGUUUUGUGUUACAUGUGCUGCAUUCAGUCCUUUCUUUUUGCAGCUGUAACUGAGGAAUAAAAAUCUCCCAUGUUAGUUAACAGCAGUACAAUCCCACUGUGAAGAUGUACCAGGUAUCCACUGUAAAUUAUCUCACGCUGUAUAUCACUGUGUCAGUUUUUAUGCCAAGGGAAAUGGUAUUCGCUCAAUAAUUUAUGAUCUGAGGGCAAAAGUCCAAUUGUAUACUGUGUAUGCAUGUUCUUCAUCAUUUUCAGAACGGCAGGCAUUGGCCUGCUCCUCAUUUUUACAUUGUUUCUCAGCUCCCUCCUCCGCACCUACAGAGUUCACAAAUGUGCACCCAAAAUGAUGAUGUCGCAGCAGAUAGCUAUUUACAUCUUUUCUCUCAGCUAAUAAUGGACACAGUUCAUAAGCCUCUUCCUCCUCAUCACUUAAUAACAUGACAGAUGACCUUAAACACUCCGGCACAAUGCUCUUGAGCAGCUUUACAUCUCUGCCCGACCAGGGCCCGCAUGAGACUGUACACAGGCAGUAUUGCUCUGCUUCUGCUUUCUAGCCAAUUCUGCUCCUAAGAAACCAGUGUAAAUCCACUGAGAAGAAGUAAAAAAAGUAUCUAUGUAGCAUUUUGUUAAUAUGAGACACCUGCAUAUCAGUGUAAUUAAUUAUAUUUACUGUGCCUCUAAGCUGAAUAACAGGACUGAUGGGAAAUCGUUAAUGUAACAAGAAUGGACUUGAAGGAGCCUGUGUACUGCACAAAGACAGCUCUUAAGGAAAGAGACACCCUCCGCUGAAAAGGGUGUUUCUCUUUUGAAUGUCCACACAUGAUGUUCAGGAUUCCCUUGUUGAUGUUUCCCAAUAAUAAUGUUGCAAAGCAAGGCUAGCGUUGUCACUGAUUCAUAAGCUAAGAUUUGCACACUUGGAGCCCAGUCCUGUGAAUCUCUGCAUUGUCCACAAAGCUGCCUGAGUCAUGAAAAUCAACUGGAAUGCUUGCCUGAAGAAUACCAUUCCACUGCUGAAGCACUUGCAGGGUUGGGCUUUUAGGUUAGUUCAAAUUUUUGUAUUGAAAGUUAUUUAAUAAUGAAAAAAAUGUAAUAAGUGUCUUUUUUUAAUCUGUGCAAUACAAUUACAAGAUCCACCAUCGAUUGUAGAGAAAAAAAGGAGAAAAAAAAAAAGAUUUUGCGUAGCUGGAGUUGAUAAAUGAUAUUUUUUGUUACUAAUGGAACACAAAAGUGGGUGAGAGAAAUAGGCAUACUGUGAAGAUGUCAUAAAAGUGCAACUUUAUACAUUUUUCUCUGCUGCUAUAGUUAUUUAUACAGCUUAUAUAUGUGCCUAAAAUUGCCAGAAAUAUUAUUUUAUGCCAUGAUAUACUAUGAAUUCCCUUUCAGUUGUAGAACAGAGAAGAGAAAAUGUUUGAGCUUUAAGUUUAUGUUAUGUAUUGUAUACGGUUAUUUACGCUUUGACUUUGAAAGCAAAAAGUUAAAUACUAGACAGAUAGGAGUCCAGGAGCACUUAGCUGUGCUCCUCAGCCUGGGAGUUAAUAGAUGGGCCAGAGGGAUGAGAACAAUAACCAUCUAAUCACUGCAUUAGCAUCUCUUCCCAGGGCCACAGAGCCGAGGAGCGAAUCCAACACGCAGAGACAUGGCCCACGGCAGCCGCAGCUCCGCUCUCACAGGGCAGCGUGGCCAGUGCUUAGGUGUCGUCACAUUUCUGUCAGUGUUUGAGACACACAGGUUGUGUAAGACACAAGAGAGUGGCCACCACUGCCCCUGUGGCCCUAUCACAGGCAUCUGGGUUCUGGAGCUGUGUCAGCUCCGGCACCUGUAGUCCUGGGAGGCUGUAGCUUUGAAUAGGAGAUGAGUGUGUGCCCCGGGAGUGAGGCUGGAGACUCCCUGCCCUCAACUGUCCUACUCAGGCUGACCGAGGCAAAGUCCUGACCUGUUGGUAGCACCACUAUGGCUGAAGCAAACUAGUCUGUUACUGGUGACCUCGCAGAUAACAGUUAGUUCAGACUGGGAUUUGGUUUUUAAGACUGGCAAAAAGUACGGGAGAGUAAGGACUAUCUGAAUUUAGAAGAUACUGUGGAAUUUGGGCACAUACGGUGUCAGUGAUGCUGACAGAUUGAUAUGCGUGAUGAUUUGGUUGUUUCUUGGUUUGUUUGAAAGCUAAAGAAAUAACUGUACAAAUGUCAAGUAGCUAAAGAUAUAUAUUGCUCUACAGCAGGGCAGUAUGUUGUAGUGAAACCCCCUCCAAUCUUGAAAUGUGGCUAGCCAUGAAAUCUUUGCCAGUGCCUGGAGUAAAGUGUCUGAAAAACAUCUUCAGCACAUAUUCCAUUCUCAUAUGCUAUAUAAUUACUUGUAUUUGUGUUCCUAACAGACACUGGGAGAACACAGAAUUGUGCUACUAUUGUCAGUUUAAUUUAUGCAUUUGUUAAGUAUAUUUUUAUAUUUUUAACUGCAGUCAACAAAUCAAAUAUAUUUGAGUGUAUUUUACACAUUUUUAUAAAUAGCUCAUGAAUAAAACAUUCAUUUUAAAAACAAAA